AUGCCUGCAAUGGACCCCCAGCACACCGCGGUGCCUUUCUCGGCCAGGCACUCGAUCCUCGGCCAGCAACAGUCGCCCAACACCACGCCUGUCGAGUACGAAUACACAUACAACGAAAAAGAUGACUACUCGCGAUCACAACAGCGACGCGCUGAUCGCGGAAGCAAGACUUCCAGCUACGGUCGCGGCCGGGAUUCCGUCAUCUCCCACCCAUUCUCGCCAAAGCAAUCGCCAAGCCCUCGCAGCAGCCUCUCCUCAGGAGACAAGCGACGACAUUCAUCGAUUCCGCAGAAUUUGUCUCCCACAUUGGUCAACGACGCACAAAACAUAAGACGCCCGCCACAGGCACAUUUGGACCCGGAAAAGCACGGCUACGGCUCGUCGAAACCCCAUCGCCAUUCGGGAUCCACCCGAUCAGACGAGGCCGUCUACGAUCAAGGCCAGUACCAUGAGGGCUCGCCCGAGGAGAAGACAUGGCAAUUAUUAUUCUACCUCUCAGGACCUUGCGCCCUACUUUCCAUCGUCAUCACUCUCUGGACCAUAGUCGCACUCUUCAUCUCACUCGCCCUCGCACCAUUAAAGCUCUGCUCGACACGACCUUCACUUUCGACGCAACUCACCACAUUCCUCGCCCCAGCGCUCAACCUGCAACUGCACCUGGUGUACUCGCACAACUCGGCGCAAAACUACAGUGCACCCAUGCUCGUAGUGAUCCACCUCUUCUCGCCACUCAUCGCAUUCGGCGUCGCGAUAGCUGCGUUGACGGCUGCCUUGUUCUGGUUCUUCUCGUCCAUCCUCGGUGACCCAGGCGGUCACGACGGCCACAACGACGGCAAGGAGAGCAUUCUGGGCGUGCGCAAGUGGUGGGAGCGCUGGCUCUCGCGGGGACUGCGCUGAAGAUGAGCGACGAGAGGAGACUUGUUACUACUACGACAUUCGACACAACAUUACCUGCUCUCCACGAUGGCGAGAGCACACUUUUUCAGCGGCAUUAUCAGCAUGGAGUACACGGCAUGGGAACGACACUGGUUUACGACUGGUACGCUGAUCACAGCAAAGGCGUUUUUGGUUUGGAAAUCAUGCUUGCGAAGAUCAGUAUGGGAUGGGAUGGAUUUUACAAGCUUCAGCGUUACUUUUUACAUGAUAUACCCCACAUUUUCUCUUGCUCAAAUAGCAAAAUAUCAAAUACCAACACUACGAUUGUU